AUGUCUGUCGUUGAAACCACGCCUCACCUCCGGGUGUCGGCGAAGAAGUCACAACCCGCAGGCCAGACCGCCUCCCCACGAAUUCCACCACCGGUCGACUCCACCGUAGAGGACAAGUUCUUCUGGACCUACACUGAAGAACCUCACCGGUCAAGACGACAGGCAAUUAUCAAAGCCCAUCCGGAGGUUACCAAGCUCUGUGGUCCUGAGCCUCUUACAAAAUAUGUCGUCCUCGGCGUCGUCUCCCUACAACUCACCUGCGCAUACCUCCUCCGGAAUACAUCCAUGCUUGACUGGAAGUUCCUGGCUACAGCCUACGUGAUCGGAGCCACGUCAAACCAGAACCUGUUCCUCGCCAUUCAUGAGAUCUCCCAUAACCUGGCUUUCCGGUCCCCAAUGGCCAACCGCAUGCUUGCCAUCUUCGCGAACCUCCCUAUCGGAUUGCCCUACAGUGCGGCAUUCAGGCCCUACCACCUAACCCACCACAAAUCUCUCGGCGUAACAGGUCUCGACACAGACCUUCCAACUGCAUUCGAAGCCUUCGUCCUCAACUCAGUCCUAGGCAAGACUUUCUUCUGCACUUUCCAGAUCCUCUUCUACGCCGUCCGCCCGAUGUUCAUCUACAGUCCGCCCUUCACCUACAUCCACCUCAUAAACCUUGUCAUCCAGCUCUCCUUCGACUACUGUCUGGCCCAGAUCAGCGGUUCCUGGACACCAGUCUUCUACUUCUUAGCCUCGGCCUUCCUAGCCGGAUCACUCCACCCGUGCGCAGGCCACUUCAUCGCCGAGCACUACUUCUUCUCACAAGUCAAGACGGGCGGCACAGAGUCACUGGCCGAGUUAAAGACUAAGCCGGCUACGAAGACCAAGAGUCCUCACCCGUUGGAUGAACUUGCUCCUCCGGAGACGUACUCGUACUACGGUCCGCUCAAUAUCCUUACGUAUAACGUGGGAUUGCAUAAUGAGCACCAUGAUUUCCCGGCUAUCCCUUGGACGAGGUUGUAUAAGUUGAAGGAGAUUGCAUCGGAGUUCUAUGAUCCUUUGCCUUGUCAUCGGAGCUGGGUUUGGGUUAUUUGGACGUUCAUUCUUGAUGAGAAUGUUGGUCUUUGGUGCCGGGUUAAGCGUGCUCAGGGAGGCCGUGUUGUUGGCGGUGGCGGAGAGAAGAAGACUGGCACUGGACGUGGGGGUGAGGGGAUUUCUGCUGCGUCUGCGGGUCCGGACGGCGAAGAAGGUGAUGGGUGGAAGGAGAGUGAGAUUCAGUGUUAG